CAUUCAUUUCAUGUCAUGAUAUUUUGUAUUUUUGUUUGGACGAAAUAUUCUGCGAUAAACUUGCAAUUUCUAUUUUCCAAACUAAUAUUUUAACAAUCUUCAUCAUUGAUAACUUUCAACAAUCAACCGCGAUGUCUGCCUCUCUUGAAAACCUAGAGACUCAGCUCGAAAUGUUCAUAGAGAAUGUAAGACAGAUACGUAUUAUUGUAAGCGAUUUUCAGCCACAGGGCCAAAGUGUUUUGAAUCAGAAAAUCCAAUCAUUAGUCACAGGACUCCAAGAAGUCGACAAGUUGAAGUCUCAAGUUCAUGAUAUUCUUGUGCCAACAGAAGUUUUUGACUACAUCGAUCAAGGCCGCAACCCACAGCUGUACACAAAAGAUUGCAUAGAUAAAGCUUUGGCCAAAAAUGAAGAGGUCAAAGGGAAGAUUGACUCCUACAAGCGGUUCAAGAGCCACCUCCUUACAGAACUGUCAAAGACAUUCCCUAAUGAAAUAGCUAAAUAUAAGGCCAUAAGGGGUGGUGAAUAGAUGUAUCUGCGAUUAUAUUAAUUAUUCAAUAGUUUUACUUUAUAAGGUUACUUUAUCAUUACAGACUAAGAAUAGCUAUAGUGACGAAAUGAUGGUAGAACCGUAGUGAUACAAGUUAUUUUUUAAACUUUUUGAGAAAAUAAAGGAAAUUUAUUUGGACAUGUUAAUUCCUUUGUUUCUAAAUUUAUAAGUUGGGAUUUCUCAAGAAAAAUGGUUUUGAAUAGAACUUGGCUCAGUGAA